GCGCGCUCGUGGGUUUGCACGCGAGUGCGAGCGUGCGCGGGGUGUGUGCACGCAUGGGGGGCAAGCGCGCACAGGAGCACGCGUGUGUCAGCAUGUGUGCGCGCGUGGGCGCGGCAUGUGUGCAGGGGUCUGCACACGCGUGUAAGCAUGCACAGGGGCGCGUGGGCGCGGGUGCACGGGGUCGCGCGGGCUCACACGCGCGUGUGCACACACGAACGUGGGCACGCAGCAUGCGCCUGUGCAAGCCCGCGGCUCUCCACGCCGCGCGGGAGCGCGCACAGCCAUGCAGCAGGUCCUGGAUAACCUGAUGGGGCUCCCCAGCACCCCGGGGGCCGCGGACCUGGACCUCAUCUUCCUCCGCGGCAUCAUGGAGAGCCCAAUAGUAAGGUCCUUGGCGAAGGCCCACGAGCGGCUGGAGGAGACGAAGCUGGAGGCGGUGAGGGACAACAACCUGGAGCUGGUGCAGGAGAUCCUGCGCGACAUCGGGCACCUGGUGCGGCAGGACGGCGCGGCCGCCGAGCUGGCCCGCAUCCUGCGCGAGCCCCACUUCCAGUCCCUGCUGGAGACCCACGACUCGGUGGCCUCCAAGAGCUACGAGACGCCCCCGCCCAGCCCCGUCCCGGACCCGGCCCUCAGCAGCCAGCCCGUGCCCCCCGACGCCGUGCGCAUGGUGGGCAUCCGCAAGGCGGCCGGCGAGAACCUGGGGGUGACGUUCCGGGUGGAGCGGGGGGAGCUGGUCAUCGCCCGCAUCCUGCACGGGGGCAUGGUGGCGCAGCAGGGGCUGCUGCACGUGGGGGACGUCAUCCGGGAGGUGAACGGGCGGGAGGUGGGCAGCGACCCGCGGGCGCUGCAGGACAGCCUGCGCCACGCCAGCGGCAGCGUCGUCCUCAAGAUCCUGCCCAGCUACCAGGAGCCUCACCCGCCCCGGCAGGUCUUCGUUAAGUGCCACUUCGACUACGACCCGGCCACCGACAGCCUGAUCCCCUGCAAGGAGGCCGGGCUCAAGUUCACCGCCGGUGACCUGCUGCAGAUCGUCAACCAGGAUGACCCCAACUGGUGGCAGGCGUGCCACGUAGAGGGGGGCAGCGCGGGGCUGGUGCCCAGCCAGCUGCUGGAGGAGAAGCGCAAGGCCUUCGUCAAGCGGGACGCGGAGGUGACCCCCGUGUCCGGGGCCCUGUGUGGCAGCCUCAGCGGGAAGAGGAAGAAGAGGAUGAUGUACCUGACAACGAAGAACGCUGAGUUCGACCGCCACGAGCUGCUGAUCUACGAGGAGGUGGCCCGCAUGCCCCCCUUCCGCCGGAAAACCCUGGUGCUCAUCGGCGCCCAGGGCGUGGGGCGCCGCAGCCUCAAGAACAAGCUCAUCAUGUCGGACCAGGCACGCUACGGCACCACCAUCCCCUACACGUCGCGGAAGCCGAAGGAGAGCGAGAAGGACGGGCACGGGUACCGCUUCGUGUCGCGGGGGGAGAUGGAGGCCGACAUCAAGGCGGGGCGGUACCUGGAGCACGGCGAGUACGAGGGCAACCUCUACGGCACCAAGAUCGACUCCAUCCGCGCCGUGGUGGAGGCUGGCAAGAUGUGCAUCCUGGACGUCAACCCCCAGGCAGUGAAGGUGCUGAGAACAGCUGAAUUCGUGCCGUACGUGGUCUUCAUCGAAGCCCCCGGCCCCGAGACGCUGCGGGCCAUGAACCGGGCGGCGCUGGAGAGCGGCGUGGCCACUAAGCAGCUCACGGAGGCCGACGCCAGACGGACGGUGGAGGAGAGCGGCCGGAUCCAGCGCGGUUACGGCCACUACUUCGACCUCAGCCUGACCAACGACGACCUGGAGCGCACCUUCGGGCGGCUGCGGGAGGCCAUGGAGCGCCUGCGCGUCCAGCCCCAGUGGGUGCCCGUCAGCUGGGUCUACUAGUGCCCCCCCUGCCCCACCCCUUGGGGGGGGUCCCUGCCAUCCUCACACCCCCUCCCCAGCCCAGCCAGGAGGGCUGCGGGGGGGGGGGGCGGGGGGGGGGGCGAGGGUUGUGCCCCCCUAUAUCUCACCCACUGGUGCGAUGAGCUCGUCGUGCUCAGCGCGAUGUUGGGGGCGGGGGCGGGCACUCGGCAGAGUCCCCCCACCCGCCAAGCCCGGCCCCUCUCUCCCUCCUACCCAGCCCCAGAUUUAUUGGGGAGGGGGGAGCAGAAGCAGCGGGUGGGGUCCUAUGUGGGGGGACAGAACCACCCCCCCCACUGUGCCCAGCACCCACAUAGCUAUUCACUGCCAAAACCUCACCCCCUCCCUGGAUUAUCCCAGGGGAAUGUCAUCCCCCCAGCUGGGGGGCACAGGGAGGGGGGAGCCCCCAGCACCGUGUGGCUCUGGCCCCUUCUACCCCUGUGCCUCAGUUUCCCCACGGGGAAGCCCACCCUGUGCCUCAGUUUCCCCACGGGGGAGCCCACUCCAUCCUGGGGCAACGCAUGGGUCGGGACCCCCAGGGGUGGGGGUGGGGGUGUCACACCCAGUUGGAGCCCCAUAAACUGCCGUGGACCCAGGUGUCCUGUUGUACCCCAGCCCCCCCCCCGGCCGCAAAUCCCCCGGGGACCCCCCUGCCACCCUUAUAGGGUGGGGGGUCCCUCUCUGUCCCUUGUGCCCCCCAUCACCCCGUCCCAGGUAGCAAUAACCCCCUCCCAGACCCCCUGCCCACGUGGCUCAGCCCUGUAAUUGACCCCGGGGGGGACCCCGGGGGGGGGCUGUGGCUGGGGGCUCGCUGGGGCGCUGCCGGGGGUGUCUGGCGCAGGGGGGGCUGCCAUGGGGUAACCCCGAGGGAUGGGGACACG